UCAUUUUGCUGUUAAUUGAAAUACAGAAACCUUUAAAUUGUAUAUUUUAAAUGUUUUAUUACACUUCAGAGAUGUUUUCUAACAACAAAUUUAUAAUUCUACUAACAUUGUGGCAGUAAAUUUAAAAAGAAUACAUGAAAGCGGUAUUUUCCCACUGAUUUAAUUUGUUGUUGAGUUGUGAAUCAUAUUUUACAGUGAUUUCAUGGAAACUGUUUGUGAACGUUUUCUGACAUUUCACUGUUUUUAAACCUCAAACCAACCGGAGUCUUUUGUCUGUAGUUGUGACGUCACUGCUGAGCGGCUGCACACACCAAGGUGAGAACACUUCCUGUGUGACUGAUGAAGAGUUAUUUAGUCCCUGAUAGAACAGUUAGUGUUCAGGACUGUUUAUGGAGGGAAACAGUUUGCACAUACAAUAAAAGAGUGAAGACUGUCUGGAUGUCCACAGACUGGACGCUAAAGAUAAAUGUGCUGCUAUAAAAAUGUCAUUGUGAAAGCAGGACUGCACACGAUGCAGCACGAUGCAGCAGCUGACAGAGAAAGUGCAGAAACAAUAUUGACAUGUGAGACACAUGAAGUCAGAUCUGCUGUGUGUUUGACACCUGAACUCUGAGAGUUACAUUUAAAACAUGAGGAGACUCAGAGCCUGAAACACAGAGGAGAUCAGUGCAGGUCAACAAGGUCUACAGAGACUGGAAGAGGAAGAAGAGACACUUCUGUCCAAACUGACCAUUAUCAUCUGUAACCACAUCUCUCUGUCUCGUCCUCCAGCCUCUCUGAACAUCAGUCCUAACAGAACUCAGAUGUUUGAAGGAGAGUUUGUCUCUCUGAGGUGUGAGGAGGACGACAGCUCUGAUGGAUGGACGGUGACGAGGAACACGAGCAAAGACACCGGGACAAAGUGUGAAGCUGGCUGGGGAAGAAAAAAUGGUUCUUCCUGUAACAUCAGCUUCAUCUUCACAUCUGACAGUGGAGUUUACUGGUGUGAGUCCACAGGCGGAGCAGCCAGUAGCAGCAUCACCAUCACUGUCACUGGUGGAGCAGUGAUCCUGCAGAGUCCUGUCCACCCUGUGAUGGAGGGAGAUGAUGUCACUCUCACCUGUACAACACAGACCUCCAACCUCUCAGCUGGUUUCUAUAAAGAUGACUCCUUCAUCAGGACUGAGCCUACAGGUCACAUGACCAUCCACCAUGUUUCCAGGUCUGAUGAAGGAUUCUACAAGUGUAACACCAUCAGUGAUGGAGAGUCUCCACCCAGCUGGAUCACUGUCACAGAGAAACCUGCUGCGACGACUUCUCCUCCAACCUCCUCUGCUUCACCAUCUUCUCCUCCAGCUCCUCCUCUUGUCCCUGUGUGGUUGAUGGUUCUCGCUAUUCUAUCCUCUGUUUUCUCUCUGGUUCCACUGGUUCUUCUGGUUCUAGAGGUGAGACGACUCACCAACAGGAAACCUAAAGGAAAUUACCUGCCCGUCUCCAUGGAGAUGGCUCCUCCCACCCAGGCUGAGCAGGGAUUGGCUGAUGAGUACGAUGAUGUCAUGGCUGCUGUCACCACAGAGCAUCACCUCUGAGUUGAUCCAACGUGUUCUCCUUCUUCUUCAGUCACGUUUCCUUCGUAGGAGCCAGAACUCUUCCUGUGGAGCUGCUCACCUUCUCGGUUCUGUUCUUGUGGAUCCUGCUGCUUCUUCUCGUGAGACCCGCCCUCCUCCACCUCUGAUUGGCUCGUCUCUGUGGCGUUCCCACCAGAACUCUUCCUGUGGAGCCGCUCACCUUCUAGUCGGACGGGUCGACUGCUGAUUGGACUCUUGUGUUGUUCACUGAGUCGGUUCUGUCUCUGUGAUGAAGUUGCUGUUCUGUCUCUCAGUGAACUCAGCUUGAUGUGUUGAUGUUCUGAUGGUGUCCAGCUGAUCCACUUUCUGUAAAGUGUUUCUUUAGAGACCUUCGGUCCUGAUCGGACUCUGACAACGAUCCUCUUUGACUUCUGACGCUUUGAUUUACUUUCUGGAUCCUCAAACUUUGUGACUGUUUCCAGGUUUAUGUGACAGUAUUCCAGGUUUUCAAUGUGGUCUGAGACUUUUGGACCUGCUGUAUCUGAAAUGUUGAGCUGCACAUUAAACAGACUUUAUCCUUCA